AUGGAUAAUAUUUGGAAUCCUCGGCCCUCAUCAUCGAAUAUAUAUUACGAUGAUGAUGACGAGGAUUGGCAACUAAUCCAGUGGGCAACGGUUAUACUCUUCAAUCCCGUGGCGGAAAGAGCAGCUGGAUACAUCAUACCUUUACCAUGUAGAAAUAGCGCCCUAUCGGGCCGAGCUUAUGUACAAGAAAUUAUCCAUGGCCAUCCAGCAAGAGUGCUUGAGAACUGCAGAAUCACCGUGGAUUCUUUCAUGCGCUUAUGUGAAAUUUUAGUGAGCGGGGGAUAUGUACCGCAGAACCCGCACAAAAGGGUCCGUAUAGAAGAGGCAGUGUGUAUGACCUUAGUUAUGCUAAGCCACAAUCAUCGUAUGCGUUGCCUGGCUGAGCGAUUCCAGCACUCCCCGGAGACCAUAUGCAGGAAUAUUCAUGAGGUGCUGCGGGGGAUCUGUGAGUUAGGGCAAUCUCUCAUUUGUCCUAGAAAUCAGAACGAGGUCCAUCCAAAAAUUUACACGGAUCGGCGAUUCGCUAAUUGGUUCAUGAACGCUGUAGGUGCAAUGGAUGGGACGCAUGUUCCAGCACAUCCUCCACCUGGAGAGCAAGUGGCAUAUAUGAAUAGGCAUGGGCAAGCAACUCAAAAUGUUUUAGCAAUUUGUGAUUUUGAUAUGCGCUUUUCAUAUAUUUAUGCUGGUUGGGAAGGGAGCGCACACGAUGCACGUGUCUUGGAUGGAGCACUAACAGGGCCAACACAUUUUCCUAUGCCUCCAACAGGAAAAUACUAUCUCGUUGACUCUGCAUAUAGAAACAUUCCCGGAUUUCUUGCUCCGUAUCGUGGAACACCUCGACAACCUGCACAGGGACGACGGGGAUUUUCCUCACCACGACAACUUUUCAAUAAUCGGCAUUCAUCCCUUCGAAACGUUAUUGAAAGAUGCUUUGGGGUGCUAAAGAGGAGGUUCAGCAUCCUUCGCGGGCCUGUACCCAAUUUUUAUAUGACCACACAAAUAAAUGUAGUCAUAGCCUGUUGCACUCUACACAAUUUUAUCCGCAAUGAAUUGCCUGAGGAUGACAUCUUCAAUGACCAUGAACAAGAGAUGGAGGUCGAGGGAGAAGGUGGGGUGCCACCAAUGCCAGAAAUUCAACCCCUAUCAGCCUCUCAACAAGACAUCAACGAAUGGCAUGAAAUGAGGGAUGGACUGGCAAAUGGAAUGUGGAAUGCCUAUCGGAGACGAAGUGGCUAG